AUGGCUGUCAAGUUGUUAGCUGAGCUGGACACUUCAAGGCGUCUUCCAAAUGCUCCAACAUCAGAUGUAAAUUCAUUCUGGGACGAGAUCGCCACCCCUUCGCAUAUUGUUGGGAGCUGUGUCCUUGGCACGUUCCAAACAUAUGAAGAUGGUUGUGGGAUGAAAGCAGCGGCACCUUACGCUAUACAAGCAAGGAUAUUAAGGUGGCCUGAAUCCAGAAUACGUGAUUCAGUGAAACUCCAGAAAGUUCUUUAUUGGGCAAAACUUUCUUCUUGA